AUGCUUAAAGGCGCAUGCCAUUAUUUGCGGUAUGUGUCCCGCCACGAAAGUGCGCACUCUUCGAUUAGCACACUCUCUCGCUCUGCAACUCCCCUCCUCUCCGGUCGUUUCGAAUUCCGCGGAAUUCCGUUCUGUCUGCUUUUUGCGGGGUUAUCCGGAGAAAAAGGUACAAAACGGACGAAAUUGUGUUUUUCCAGCAAAAAGGGCAUAGCAACAAUGUAAAAAAAAGCUUCACAAUUAACUAAAAAAAGGCUGCCAUUAUUGAUUUAAAACUCUUCGGAUAAUUGACACAUACCUAUUGCGCAAUCCUUCAUUGAUUUUGCCUUUUUCGAUUGUUUAAGUGAAAUAAAUGUUUUGAUUUGUUUGUUUUUCCAGAUUGCCGAGGACAGAGAUCACCACAAAGCAGGAAGUAAUAUAAUAAAAGAAGGAACAAGGUAAAGGCUUUGAAUGACCAGAACAAUCAUUACACUACACCGAUUUACAGAUGGCUCUUGUCGGUGUCGACUUUCAGGCACCACUGCGAAUUGUCAACCGCGUGCAGUUUGGAAUUCUUGGACCUGAAGAGAUUGUACGCUUUUAAUCGUUCUUAAGAAGUUUCAACUGUUAUUUUUUCAGAAGCGCAUGUCAGUGGCCCAUGUGGAGUUUCCAGAGAUCUAUGAAAACGGAAAACCAAAGUUGGGUGGAUUGAUGGACCCCCGUCAAGGAGUUAUCGAUCGCCGUGGAAGGUAAACGGGUUUUGUGCGAAGGUCUGUGAAAACGGGUUUUUUCCAGAUGCAUGACGUGUGCCGGAAAUCUUUCCGACUGCCCCGGACAUUUUGGUCACUUGGAGUUGGCUAAACCUGUCUUUCAUAUUGGAUUUCUCACGAAAACAUUAAAAAUACUUCGAUGCGUCUGCUUCUACUGUGGACGUCUCCUCAUCGACAAAUCUAAUGCACGGGUUAUGGACAUCUUGAAAAAAACCGGAGGAAAUCCUAGAAAACGUCUCACACUAAUCUACGAUCUGUGCAAAUCAAAAUCAGUGUGCGAAGGAGCCAGUGAAAAAGAUGACGGACUUCCAGAUGAUCAAGACGAUCCCAUGAACGAAGGAAAGAAGGUUCCGGGCGGAUGCGGACGCUAUCAACCUUCGUACCGUCGUGUCGGAAUCGAUAUUAACGCAGAAUGGAAGAAGCACGUCAACGAAGAUACUCAGGAGAGAAAGAUCGUUCUUACUGCUGAACGAGUUCUGGAGGUCUUCAAGCAGAUCACGGACGAAGAUAUCCUUGUCAUUGGAAUGGAUCCGCAGUUUUCCAGACCGGAAUGGAUGAUCUGCACCGUCCUUCCAGUCCCUCCACUCGCUGUCCGUCCAGCUGUUGUCACUUUCGGAUCUGCAAAGAAUCAGGAUGAUUUGACGCACAAGCUCUCGGAUAUCAUCAAAACGAAUCAGCAACUGCAGAGGAACGAAGCGAAUGGCGCUGCUGCUCACGUGCUUGCUGAUGAUGUUCGUCUUCUGCAAUUCCACGUUGCCACGUUAGUCGACAAUUGCAUUCCUGGUCUUCCGACAGCUACACAGAAAGGAGGUCGACCCUUGAAGUCGAUCAAACAAAGACUGAAAGGAAAAGAAGGAAGAAUUCGUGGAAACUUGAUGGGAAAACGUGUUGACUUUUCCGCUCGUACCGUCAUUACAGCCGAUCCGAACUUGCCGAUCGACACUGUCGGAGUGCCGAGGACUAUUGCGCAGAAUUUGACGUUCCCUGAGAUAGUCACACCAUUCAACGUCGACAAGCUUCAGGAGUUGGUCAAUCGUGGAGAUACUCAAUACCCAGGAGCCAAGUAUAUCAUCCGAGAGAAUGGAGCUCGCGUCGAUCUUCGCUACCAUCCGAGAGCUGCCGACUUGCAUUUACAGCCAGGAUACCGAGUGGAACGGCACAUGAAGGAUGGAGAUAUCAUUGUGUUCAACAGACAGCCGACACUCCACAAAAUGUCCAUGAUGGGCCACAGAGUCAAGAUUCUUCCAUGGUCAACAUUCCGAAUGAACUUGUCUGUGACAUCUCCGUACAAUGCUGACUUCGACGGAGACGAAAUGAAUCUUCAUUUGCCACAAUCUCUCGAAACCAGGGCUGAAAUCGAAGAGAUCGCGAUGGUGCCGAGGUGAGUGAAGGUCCAGUUUCGCUUGAAAAUUUCUCAUUCGUUUUCAGACAACUGAUCACUCCGCAAGCCAACAAACCUGUGAUGGGAAUUGUGCAGGAUACUCUUUGUGCCGUUCGCAUGAUGACGAAGCGUGAUGUAUUCAUAGAUUGGGCGUUCAUGAUGGAUCUUCUCAUGUAUUUACCGACUUGGGACGGAAAAGUUCCACAGCCGGCGAUUCUGAAGCCGAAACCUCUGUGGACCGGAAAGCAAGUGUUCUCGCUCAUUAUUCCCGGAAACGUGAAUGUACUGAGAACCCACAGUACCCAUCCGGACUCUGAAGAUGCCGGACAAUACAAAUGGAUUUCCCCAGGAGACACCAAAGUGCUCAUUGAGCACGGAGAACUGCUCAGUGGAAUCGUGUGCUCGAGGACAGUCGGAAAGUCGGCAGGAAACUUGCUGCACGUCGUCGCACUUGAAUUGGGACACGAAAUCGCUGCCAACUUUUAUUCUCAUAUCCAGACCGUCAUCAAUGCGUGGUUACUUCGAGAAGGACACACAAUUGGAAUCGGAGACACUAUUGCCGAUCAGGCGACUUACGUCGAUAUUCAGAGCACGAUCAGAAAGGCCAAACAAGAUGUCGUCGAUGUCAUUGAGAAGGCGCACAACGACGACUUGGAGCCGACUCCAGGAAACACCCUCCGUCAAACUUUCGAAAACAAAGUCAACCAGAUUCUGAACGACGCUCGUGACAGAACUGGUAGUUCUGCCCAGAAGAGUUUGUCUGAGUUCAACAACUUCAAAUCCAUGGUCGUGUCGGGAUCCAAGGGAUCAAAGAUCAACAUUUCUCAGGUAAUUCACCAGUAUGAACUAGUAAGAAUACAAGUUUUCUGUUUCAGGUCAUUGCUUGUGUCGGUCAACAGAACGUCGAAGGAAAGCGUAUCCCAUUCGGAUUCCGUCAUCGUACACUUCCUCAUUUCAUCAAGGACGAUUAUGGACCGGAGUCAAAAGGAUUCGUCGAGAACUCUUAUCUCGCUGGUCUAACACCGUCCGAAUUCUUCUUCCACGCUAUGGGAGGCCGUGAAGGUCUCAUCGAUACUGCUGUCAAGACUGCCGAGACUGGAUACAUCCAGCGCCGUUUGAUCAAGGCAAUGGAGAGUGUGAUGGUCAACUACGACGGAACUGUGCGUAACUCUCUGGCUCAAAUGGUGCAGCUCAGAUACGGAGAAGACGGAUUGGACGGAAUGUGGGUCGAGAACCAGAACAUGCCGACGAUGAAGCCGAACAAUGCUGUGUUCGAGAGAGAUUUCAGAGUAAGCGAAAAGAUUGUUUAUUUGAAACCUCAUUUCAUUACUAGAUGGACCUCACUGACAACAAGUUCCUCAAAAAGCAAUAUUCGGAGGACGUUGUUCGUGAAAUACAAGAAUCAAAAGAUGGAAUUUCCCUCGUCGAAUCCGAAUGGUCACAAUUGGAAGAAGACCGACGCCUUCUCCGAAAGAUUUUCCCACGUGGAGAUGCGAAGAUCGUUCUCCCGUGCAAUCUACAGCGUCUUAUCUGGAAUGCACAGAAGAUAUUCAAAGUGGACCUCCGGAAGCCAGUCAAUCUGUCUCCACUUCACGUUAUCAACGGCGUGCGCGAAUUGUCUAAGAAGUUGAUCAUUGUGUCUGGAAACGAUGUGAUUUCGAAGCAGGCCCAGUACAAUGCGACACUCCUGAUGAACAUUCUGCUGAGAUCCACUCUAUGCACGAAGAAGCUGUGCACAACGGCGAAGUUGAACACAGAAGCGUUCGAUUGGCUCCUCGGAGAGAUUGAAACUCGCUUCCAACAAGCGAUCGCGCAGCCCGGAGAAAUGGUCGGUGCUCUGGCCGCUCAGUCGCUCGGAGAGCCCGCCACUCAGAUGACGCUGAACACUUUCCACUACGCCGGAGUGUCUGCCAAGAACGUAACACUCGGAGUACCGCGUCUGAAGGAGAUCAUCAACGUGUCGAAACAGUUGAAGACGCCAUCGCUGACUGUGUUCCUCACCGGACCCGCUGCCAAAGAUCCAGAAAAGGCCAAGGAUGUCUUGUGCAAAUUGGAGCACACCACUCUGAAGAAGGUGACCUGUAACACGGCUAUCUACUAUGACCCAGAUCCGAAGAACACCGUGAUCUCUGAAGAUGAGGAAUGGGUAUCGAUCUUCUAUGAAAUGCCGGAUCAUGACUUGUCGAGAACGUCACCGUGGUUGUUGCGCAUCGAGCUGGAUCGCAAGAGGAUGGUUGACAAGAAGUUGACUAUGGAAAUGAUUGCUGAUCGUAUUCAUGGAGGAUUCGGAAACGACGUGCACACCAUUUACACCGAUGACAACGCCGAAAAGCUCGUUUUCCGUCUUCGUAUAGCCGGAGAAGACAAGGGAGCCGAUACCCAAGAAGAGCAGGUCGACAAGAUGGAGGACGACGUCUUCUUGCGCUGUAUCGAAGCGAAUAUGCUGUCGGACUUGACUUUACAAGGAAUUCCAGCCAUUUCCAAGGUGUAUAUGAAUCAGCCGAACACUGACGACAAAAAGAGAAUCAUCAUCACACAGGAGGGAGGAUUCAAGGCUGUGGCCGAUUGGAUUCUGGAAACUGACGGAACUGCUCUACUCAGAGUUCUUUCGGAGAGACAAAUUGAUCCCGUUCGCACGUACUCCAACGACAUCUGUGAAAUCUUUGAAGUGCUCGGAAUUGAGGCGGUCCGGAAAGCCAUUGAACGAGAGAUGCACAAUGUCAUCUCCUUCGACGGUUCCUAUGUCAACUACCGUCACUUGGCACUUCUCUGCGAUGUGAUGACUGCUAAGGGACACUUGAUGGCGAUCACUCGUCACGGAAUCAACAGACAGGAAGUCGGAGCACUCAUGCGUUGUUCCUUCGAGGAGACUGUAGAUAUUCUGAUGGAAGCGUCUGUCCACGCUGAAGUGGAUCCGGUCAAAGGUAAGCUGGAUUUUCAGUAAGAAGCACAAGCAAUAAUCAUUCAGGUGUUUCUGAAAACAUCAUGCUCGGUCAACUCGCUCGUUGCGGAACUGGAUGUUUCGACUUGGUUCUUGAUGUGGAGAAAUGUAAAUACGGAAUGGAGAUCCCUCAAAAUGUGGUGAUGGGCGGAGCUUUCUUCGGAAACUUUGCUGGUACUCCGAACGCUCGCGAAUUCUCUCCAUCUCACUCCCCGUGGAACUCCGGAAUCACUCCAGCAUACGCUGGAGCUGCCUGGUCUCCUGGCGCAGGUGGUGGUGCUGGAUUCUCACCAAGUGCUGGAUUCUCACCAGCUGGAAACGGUGAAGGCGGCGCUUCUCCAUUCAACGAGGGAGGAUGGUCUCCAGCUUCUCCUGGAGAUCCGCUUGGAGCUCUUUCCCCACGAACUCCAUCAUACGGAGGAAUGUCUCCGAAUGCGUACUCUCCAACUUCUCCGCAAUUCUCAAUGACAUCCCCUCGCUACUCUCCGACCAGUCCCAACUAUUCUCCGACUUCUCCAGCUGCAGGACAGUCACCUGUCUCUCCGUCAUAUUCUCCGACGAGUCCGAGCUACAGUCCGACAUCACCCAGCUACUCUCCGACGUCGCCCUCGUAUUCGCCAUCGUCGCCAAGCUACAGCCCGACUUCUCCGUCGUACUCUCCGACGUCACCGAGUUAUUCUCCGACGUCCCCGUCGUAUUCGCCGACCUCUCCGUCCUACUCUCCGUCGAGCCCACGUUAUUCACCAACAUCGCCGACAUACAGUCCGACAAGCCCGACGUACUCUCCGACGUCGCCAACAUACUCCCCGACGUCUCCAACGUACUCUCCAACAAGUCCGAGCUACGAGGGAUACAGCCCAUCGAGUCCGAAGUACUCUCCAUCGUCACCGACUUACAGUCCGACGAGCCCGAGCUAUUCUCCGACUUCGCCGCAAUACUCGCCAACGAGUCCGCAAUACAGCCCGAGCUCUCCGACCGUGAGUUUAUAUUCCUUCUUCGUUCCCAUCAAUAUCAUUCGUUUCAGUAUACACCAUCGAGUCCAACAUACAAUCCAACUUCGCCUCGUGCGUUCCAGUCGCCGCAAUACUCUCCCACGUCGCCGACGUACUCUCCGACGUCUCCAUCGUAUACUCCAUCGUCGCCGCAGGUAAUUUCUGCAGUUAGAGUUGUAUAUGUCAAUAGUUUUUUUUCAGUAUUCUCCAACGAGUCCCACAUACACUCCAAGUCCAGCUGGUUACGACAGCCAACAAGGCACGUCGUCGCAGGUAAUAGACGAUUUCAUCGUUCUUGCACCAUCCGAAUCUGUUUUCAGUACUCGCCGUCGUCUCCGACCUAUUCUCCGUCGAGUCCGACCUACUCCCCGACUUCGCCGUCCUACAGUCCAAGCUCGCCGUCUUACGAGCCAAAUCAAUAG